UUUAGUCGAGUGCUGUCCGCCAUAAGGCUUGCGAAGCGCGUAAAACAUUAAUAUCGUAUAUAUCGUGUGAAUAAUUAUAACAUUUUGAAAGAUAAUUUUAUCUUCAUAUUAUUUUUGAAAGAAAUUAUUUCAAAAUGUACUUCUUGUAUUCCCUCCUUGAAGAGAGGAAUGUUCUAAAUUCUCGUAUUUCACGGUCAAAUGCGAUCAUUUGCGGAUAGCAUUUAUUUGCGAACAAAGAAAAUGUAAUUUGUCGAGAGUUUUAUCGACGAGUAAAAGGAGUUUUAUGAGUGAUACAACAAUUUAUCAUUUACUGCAAACGUUGCUCGAGAUAAUUGGUGAAAAGCUGCAGGAUACAAUGGAACCUUAUGAAAUAUUGUGCGGCAUUGCUGCGAUAUGUCUCGCUAUGUAUUAUUACUUGACAUCGACCUACGACUUUUGGAAAUCGCGUGGAGUUCGUGGUCCACAACCGAUACUGGGUUUCGGUAAUUUUAAAGAUGUUAUGUUUACUACAAAAUCCAUUGGUGACUACUCAACGGAUAUAUAUAACGAGUACAAAGAUGAAUCCAUGAUUGGAAUAUUCGCUAGAAAAACACCAAUUCUUAUUGUAAAAGAUCCUGAGUUAAUUAAGGAUAUUCUCAUCAAAGAUUUUUCUAAAUUCGCCGACAGAGGAUUUCCUGUUAGCGAAAAAGCUGAUCCAUUGUCGCAACAUCUUUUCGCUUUGGAGCCUAAAAGAUGGCGACCUUUAAGAACAAGAUUGUCGCCCGUUUUUACAUCCGGUAAAUUAAAGGACAUGUUCUCUUUAAUGUCGGAAUGCGCCGAUCAUCUUGAACAAUAUAUAGAUAAAAUAGUGAAUAAGAACGAGCCGAUAGAAUGUCGCGAAUUGACGGCCAAAUAUACGACCGAUGUAAUCGGUAAUUGCGUUUUCGGUAUUCAGAUGAACGCUUUGUCGGACGAAGACAGCGAAUUUCGCAGAAUGGGAAGAUUAGCUUUCACACCAACGUGGAAAAAUAUUCUACGAAUGAGAAUAAGACAAAUCAUGCCACGAUUCGACGAAUUGUUAAGUUAUAUCAUACCACAAUCAGAAGUCACCAAAUUUUUCAUACGCGUUGUUAUAGAUACCAUGAACUAUAGAGAAACGAAUAAUGUUAUUAGGCACGAUUUCAUUGAUCUACUUCGUGAAUUAAAAAAACAUCCAGAGAAAGUGGGAGAUAUCAAACUGACCGAAAGCUUGAUAGCCUCUCAAGCAUUCGUGUUUUUCCUGGCCGGUUUUGAAACUUCGUCAACGACCAUAAGCCAUGCACUCUAUGAAUUGGCAUUAAAUCAAGAUGUACAAGAGAAAUUACGUAAGGAAAUUGACGAAGAGUACACUAAGAAUGGUAACAAUUUAAUAUACGAGAAUGUAAAGAAGAUGAAUUACUUGGACAAAGUUUUUAACGAGACAUUACGAAAAUAUCCACCAGUGACAAUUUUUAUGAGAAAAUCAAUGUCAAGUUAUACUUUCGAGAAUACCAUAGUCAAUAUACCAAAAGAUCAGAAGAUAUGGAUUCCGAUUUUUGCGAUUCAUCGGGAUCCAAAUAUUUAUCCAAAGCCAGAUAUAUUUGAUCCAGAAAGGUUUGCUGAAGAAGCAGUGCAAACUAGACAUCCGAUGCAUUUUCUACCUUUUGGUGAUGGACCAAGAAAUUGCAUCGGUUCCCGUUUUGCUAUUUAUCAGACCAAGAUUGGUCUUAUAAAAAUUCUACGAAAUUUUAAAGUCGAAACUUGUGAUAAAACGCAAAUACCCUACGUAACUGAUCCUAGAGCGUUUCUAUUAGCUCCGAAUGGUGGAAUACAUUUGAAAAUAAUUAAAAUCAAUCGAAAAUUUAUAAUAGUACGCAUCAAGUUUUUGUUCUUAACGCAUAAUCUUGAAACAAAUCAUUUAAUUCCAAACUAUACACAAACAUUGCUCGAGAUAAUUGAUCAACAGCUGCAAGAUAUAAUGGGGCCUUUUGAAAUAUUGUGCGGCAUUGCUGCAAUAUGUCUCGCUAUGUAUUAUUAUUUGACAUCGACCUAUGACUUUUGGAAAUCACGUGGCAUUCGCGGUCCACAACCGAUACCGGGUUUCGGUAAUUUUAAAGAUGUCAUGCUUAAUACAAAAUUCCUUGGUGACUACUUGAAGGAUAUGUAUAACGAGUACAAAGAUGAAUCCAUGUUUGGAAUAUUCGCUAGAAAAACACCAAUUCUUAUUGUAAAAGAUCCUGAGUUAAUUAAGGAUAUUCUCAUCAAAGAUUUUUCUAAAUUCGCCGACAGAGGAUUUCCUGUUAGCGAAAAAGCUGAUCCAUUGUCGCAACAUCUUUUCGCUUUGGAGCCUAAAAGAUGGCGACCUUUAAGAACACGAUUGUCGCCCGUUUUUACAUCCGGUAAAUUAAAAGAGAUGUUCUCUUUAAUGUCGGAAUGCGCCGAUCAUCUUGAACAAUAUAUAGAUAAAAUAGUGAAAAAGAACGAGCCGAUAGAAUGUCGCGAAUUGACCGCCAAAUACACGACCGAUGUAAUUGGUAAUUGCGUUUUUGGCAUUGAAAUGAACGCUUUAUCAGACGAAGAAAGCGAAUUUCGCAGGAUGGGAAGAUUAGCUUUCACACCAACGUGGAGGAAUAUGCUACGAAUAAGACUAAGACAACUCAUGCCACGGUUCUACGAGUUGUUAAGUUAUAUCAUACCACAAUCAGAAGUCACCAAAUUUUUCAUACGCGUUGUUGUAGAUACCAUGAACUAUAGAGAAACGAAUAAUGUUAUUAGGCACGAUUUCAUUGAUCUACUUCGUGAAUUAAAAAAACAUCCAGAGAAAGUGGGAGAUAUCAAAAUGACCGAAAGCUUAAUAGCUUCUCAAGCAUUCGUAUUUUUCCUGGCCGGCUUUGAAACUUCAUCAACGACCAUAAGUCAUGCACUCUAUGAAUUGGCAAUAAAUCAAAAUAUACAAGACAAGUUACGUGAGGAAAUUGACGAAGAGUACACUAAGAAUGGUAGCAAUUUAAUAUACGAAAACGUAAAGAAGAUGAAUUAUUUGGACAAAGUUUUCAAAGAGACUUUGCGAAAAUAUCCGCCAGCAACAGUUCUUAUGAGACAAACGACAACAAGUUACACUUUUGAGGAUACCACAGUUAAUAUACCGAAAGACCAAAAGGUAUGGAUUCCGAUUUUCGCGAUUCAACGGGAUCCGAAUAUUUAUCCGAAGCCAGAUAUAUUUGAUCCAGAAAGAUUUACUGAAGAAGCAGAACGAACCAGGCAUCCGAUGCAUUUUCUACCUUUUGGUGAUGGACCAAGAAAUUGCAUCGGUUCCCGCUUUGCUAUUUAUCAGACCAAGAUUGGUCUUAUAAAAAUACUACGAAAUUUUAAAGUCGAAACUUGUGAUAAAACACAAAUACCCUACGUGAUUGAUCCUAAAGCGUUUCUAUUAGCUCCAAAGGAUGGAAUAUAUUUGAAAAUAAUUAAAGUUAAUCGAACUUAA